CUGUGUUUUAAUUAUAUGGUUUAUUUAUAUUCUGUUUUCUAUAAUAUUAUAAUAUAUAUUUUCAGUUGACAGAGAAGAUGGCAGACAGCGAAACGAGAAACCAAAACGUGGUUAGGUCCGUCGAACAGUUAGAAGAAAGUUUGAAAGAUAUGCCCACAUCUUUAAAAUUAUUUUCUUUGUCAAUGCGAUCUCUUUAUACCGACAAAGAUGUUGGCACAGCUACCGAAGUUGACCUUAAGUUCAGAGAACUUCGAGAUAAGACAAGAGAAGAUGCGAAAAUAUAUUUAAAAAUCAUCCUUCCGUUAACCACCAAGUUUGUGUCCUCCGUCAAAGAAUUCUUUGCAUAUUACGAUGCUCUGUCGUAUGAAGAAUGGUCCAAAAUGUUGCCGAGUAUUCUCGAAGAUAUUAAGGCCAAUAGGGAACUUGCUCAGACGAUACUGAAAAUGUACGAAGAAAUGAUGGUACCUUUAAAGAAACGUGAAGACGAGGCAAGAAUCAUCAUGACCAAAUUCAAGGACCUACAAAAAGAUUAUGAAAAACUGACAAAGGAAUUUCAAUGCAAGGCAAAACAAAAAUGGGCAUGGGCAUGCGGUCUUCUGUUCGUCCCUGGCGUAAAUGUGAUCGCGUCUCCUGUAUUGCGAUUAUCUGCAAAUGUAGAUGCGGCGAAAGCUAUUGCACAGACACAACAAUCAAAGAUCCACGAAGCUGCUGCUCUCGUUGUGGCUGAAACUCUAAUUCCUGCACUGGCCAAUUUCAUCGAUGGUCUGACAAGCGCUGCAGGAUUUUUUCAAAUCAUGGAAAUUGAAUUGAAUUUGUUAGUUGGGAAAAGAGGAGAAGCAGGUACGGAGUCUGUAAAUACACAGCUCCAUUUCAAAAUGAUGGGUAAAAAAGUUAAAGAGAUAAACCCAUUCUGUUACGCGUUUUACGCGGCACUACCAGCUGUUCGCACCGACUUCGAGGCAAUUCCGGAUGAUGGCACUGAGCAGAACUACAUUCAAAAGUGGUUGGACAAAAAGCUAAAAGAGAUUGAGAAACUGAAAAUAGAAAGCACACAAAAGGCUUUUUGGGAUGUCCUCAAAGGAGUUGAAGGACUUUGCUUGAAACCUAAAACAUCCUCUCUUACUUAACUGUAGUUAACUCUUUCUCGAUUUAACGCUGCCAGCUAAGGCUCCACACACUUUAGUUCGACAAGAACUAUUUUUUUUCAGACGUAACUCAGUAUAAAAUAAAAGUAAACUAGGAUGCAAGUUAUUGGACAGGAAAUGAACAGGCCUAAAAAGUAUAGUUUUGUAGUUUUAUGAACAUUAAAGUCAAUGCGGUUAGUUUGUUGAUUAAUUAAUGAAUAUUUUGUUCCAGUAAUCAAUAUGAAGUUUAAGUAUACCAUAAAUCCUCUU